AUGUCUCAGAGAAUAGGAACAGCCGUGCUGGCUUUGACCAGGGUGUGGCAUCACGUUGACGUUGCAGCAGACGACAGGACAUUGGGUAGAUUGGCAUCGCAAAUCGCCAUCACUUUGCAAGGCAAACACAAGCCAACAUUCUCCCCAAACAGAGACCAUGGCGAUUACGUCGUGGUGACAAACUGCGCUCACAUGAAAGUGACGGGAGACAAGCUCCGCCAGAAGACCUACUGGUCUCACACAUCGCGUCCAGGUACACUCAAAUUGGUUCCCAUGGACCGCAUGAUUGCCAAUAAAGGUUACGGAGAAAUCUUGAGAAGGGCCGUGAAGGGUAUGCUACCAAAGAACAAACACAGACUCAUUAGGAUGGACAGGUUGAAAUUGUUUGAUGGAGACGAGCACCCAUACAAGGAGAAUCUAAUAGCGUUUGCUGACGAAGUGCAGGAUAUGAAGAAGAAGCUUGCAAGGUUGGAGGUGCAGGAGAAGAAGAGAGCCGAGCUUAGAGAAAGGUAUUUGGCUCAUCAAGAUUGA